GCGCUGUGGCGAGGACAAGCCAGGGAGCUAUGUGCUGCAAACAGGAUUCAUCUUCAAUUUCAACAAUUUUCAUCAAAAAUUGACUCUGUGUCUUUUGUAAAUCGAUGUUAGUGAUCCUUUGUUAAAAAUGUCUAUGAAAGUUGAUAAAGAUGCGUUUUAUAAACGUGUGAAGAUUCUUUACACGGCAAUCAAGGAUGGUGACGGUGACUGGGGUAAAGCUGACUGCCUGGUGUGCAGUGUAGGGGUGGACGAGGAUAUUGUUUACUCGAAAUCUACCGCUCUUCAGUCCUGGCUCCUCGGAUACGAGUUAACAGAUACCAUCAUACUCUUUGGCGAGGAUGCCAUCACAUGCUUGGCAAGUAAAAAGAAGAUUGAGUUCCUUCGUCCCUUGGAAACCAACCUGGACACAUCAGGGACUGUUCCCAGUAUCAAACUACUCGUCCGAGACAAAGAUGACAAGGACAAAAAGAACUUCAGCAAGCUUGUCGAGAGCAUCAAGGGGUCUAAGAAGGGAAAGACCCUUGGUGUAUUUGCCAAGGAUAAGUUUCCAGGUCCCUUCAUGGAUCUUUGGAGGGAAACCAUUAAGAAGGAAGGGUUUGAAAACGUUGAUCUUACAACCGCUUUUGGAUACUUGAUGGCACCUAAGGACGAUGCUGAGUUAAGCAUUAUCAAGAAGGCUGCCGGACUUAGCUCAGACAUCUUCAGCAAGUAUCUAAAGGAACAGAUCAUGGAUAUUAUCGACGGGGACAAGAAAAAGAGCCACAGUAAGCUCUGCAAGGAUAUUGAAGAUCAGAUUCAGAACAAGGACAACAAGCUCCUCGCCAACAUGGAUAAAUCGUCGAUAGACAUGUGCUACCCGCCGAUUAUCCAGUCCGGUGGGAACUAUAAGCUCAAGUUCAGCGUUGUAUCUGACAAAGAUAAUAUUCAUUUUGGCGCAAUCGUCUGCUCUCUGGGUAUUCGAUACAAGUCCUAUUGCAGCAACAUUGUCCGAACCAUGUUGGUUGAUCCUUCCCAGCAGGUCCAGGAUAUAUACACUUACCUUAUUUCCUUAGAGGAGCUCAUCAUUAACAAGCUCCAGGACGGAGUUAAGCUCAGCGAGGUUUACAAUGCAGCUAUGGAGAAUGUGAAGAAGGAGAAGCCGGAGAUUGCUGAUAAAAUCAAUAAAAACUUUGGGUUUGCCAUGGGUAUAGAGUUCAGGGAGGCAGGUUUGAUCAUCGGACCAAAUUGCGAUUUCAAAGCCAAGAAGGGAAUGGUGUUCAACAUAAACGUUGGAGUGACUGGAAUCACCAACAAGGAAGCUAAGGAUAGCAAGGGAAAGAACGUUGCUCUGUUCCUUGGAGAUACUAUCGAAGUAAAGAGUGGAGAACCUGGAAACAUUCUUACUCCAACCAAGAAGAAAGUAAAGAACAUCGCAAUCUUCUUGAAGGAUGACGACUCUGAGGAUGAGAAGGAGAACAAGGAUAACAACCAGGAGAUAGAUCCAACAGUGUUUGGAAGAGGGAAGAGGUCUGCUGUUCUUGAUCAGAAGCUUAGAACAGAUCAUACAACGGAGACCAAAAGGAAACAGCAUCAGAGGGAUCUACUGGAGAAGAUGAACGAUGCGGCCCUGAAGAGGUUGCUGGAGGGGAAGAAGGGGGAUGACAAGGUAAAGGUGAGAAAGGCUCCGGUCAGCUAUAAGACUCCAGGUCUUCUUCCCAAGGAAGGAGAAGUAAAAGAACUUAAGAUUUACGUUGACAAGAAAUACGAAACCAUUAUAAUGCCGAUAUUCGGUGUUCCAGUUCCAUUUCAUAUAGCCACCAUCAAGAAUAUAUCUUCUAGCAAGGAGGGAGACUAUACUUACCUGAGGAUUAACUUCUUCCAUCCUGGAGCAAGUAUAGGCAGAGAUGAACCUCGGUACACAAACCCUGAAGCUACCUUUCUCAAGGAGGUUACAUACCGGAGCACUAAUAUCAAGGAACCCGGAGAGUUAACAGCUCCCAGCGCUAACCUUGAUACCGCUUUUAAGCUUAUCAAGGAUAUUCAGAAGACCUACAAGGCCCGUGAAGCUGAGGAGAAGGAGAAAGCUGAUCUUGUAGACCAGGAUAAUCUAGUUAUCUCCAGUGGUAAAGGAAACCCUAGACUCAAGGAUCUGUAUAUUCGUCCCAACAUUGUGCAGAAGCGGUUGUCUGGUAUCCUAGAGGCACACACCAACGGGUUCAGGUACACCAGUAUCAGAGGGGACAAGGUGGACAUCAUGUACAACAAUAUCAAGCACGCUCUUUUCCAACCCUGUGACGGAGAGAUGAUUAUACUUCUGCACUUUCAUCUCAAGAAUCCAAUUAUGUUCGGUAAGAAGAAGCAGCAAGAUGUUCAGUUCUAUACUGAGGUUGGAGAAAUAACAACAGAUCUAGGGAAGCAUCAACACAUGCAUGACAGGGAUGAUCUGGCCGCUGAACAAGCAGAGCGUGAACUCCGACAUAAGCUCAAGCAGGGGUUCAAGGGGUUCUGUGAAAAGGUGGAACUCGUAACUAAAGGAAUUCUAGAGUUUGACUCUCCCUUCAGGGAAUUGGGAUUUCAGGGAGUUCCUCAUCGUGAGACCGUCCUUCUACAGCCGACCUCCAGCUGUCUGGUAAACCUCACCUCCUGGCCUCCAUUCACCUGUACCUUGGAGGAUGUCGAGCUGGUUCACUUCGAGAGAGUUCAGCUCAGUCUUAAGAACUUCGACAUGGUCUUCAUCUUCAAGGAUUACAACAAGAAGGUCGCUAUGGUUACAUCUGUACCUAUGACUAUGUUGGAUCACGUGAAGGAAUGGUUGAAUUCUUGCGAUAUCAAGUAUACGGAGGGUAUACAGUCCCUAAACUGGACGAAGAUCAUGAAAACAAUCGUCGACGAUCCCGAGGGAUUCUUCGAAUCCGGCGGUUGGAGUUUCCUUGAUCCCGAGAGUGAUGGAGAGGAGGACGAUGAUACUGACGACGAAGAUGAAAACUUCGAGGGAAGUGGAGAGGAGGGAAGCGAAUACAGCGAAUCAGAUGAUGAUUUCAGUGAGGACAGUAAUAUAUCUGACGAGGAGAACUAUAGCGAGGAGCUGGACUCGGAUGAGAGCUCCGGCAAGGAUUGGUCUGACCUCGAGGCCGAGGCUGCUGAAAGUGACGAGAACAGGUCUGAGCCUGAGGAGGAUGGAUCUAGGAAACUUAAGCCUGGGAAGAGUGGGAAGAGUAGGAGAGACAGGGAUGAGAAAAGUUCAAGAACGUCCUCCUCCAGUAAGAAAAAAUCAAGCCACAGGACUCCGGAAAAGAAAUCCAGCCACAGGAGUCCAGAGAAGAAGCACAAGAGCCACGACAGGGACAGGGAUAGGGACGGAAAGAGGAAAAGGGAAAGAUCCGGCUCCGGUCACCACAAGUCCCCGAAGAAGAGCAAGCGCUAAACCCCUGAGCAUUUUAUUCAGUUUUUAAUUGCCCCAAAUAUAUACCUAGCCCUAAGUUUUUUCUAGAACAUUUAACCAGAAUCUGUAAACUUUUCCAGA